AUGAUGUCAAACUUUGACAACUUGAAAGACACCAUGGACGACAAUACGGACGAGGAUCCAGGUUCAAACAUGGACCUGACCCAGACGAUGGAAUACUCUGUUGACAUCAGAGAAAUCACAAAACAUCGUAAAUCCCGUGAAUAUAAGAGUAAUCUAUACAGGUUUAAGGGCAGACUCAAGAGCCAAUUGGAGCGAGUCCGGAGAAAGCGCUUCGACAGUGAUGACUCGUCUGGUAAUGAAACUACUCUUGAAUGGCUGGAGAGAUUGCAGAGGAACAGGAGGCAGCGCCCUGCGAUCAUGCAACAAGGCAAUUCCGUGAAUGAUGACGAGGACGAAGAGAAGGGUAUCCAAGAGGACGCCUAUCAGAGGCAUGUCAAUUUCCAGUCUUCCGGCGGUUACAUUGAACAUGACAACAAUUUAAUCCAGAUGGAACGUCCAUACAUCAGUGAAUCCGAAUCUGAGCCUUGCCAGAAACUGAUAAGCAGAAGGGGUGACGAAGAGUCACAUCAAGGGAGCAAGACACUUCGCAUGUACAAAAAACAGGAAAUAGAUCAAACGGAAGGGUCAACCAGAGAGGAAGCGAUUCAGAUUGUUGAAAAGAAGCACUCUCCCCUUCCUCGAGAUCAUGGUAGGAAAAAGACAACCAGCACCACCCUAAACCACCUUGCUCCUGGAUCAUCAGCCAGUCAACAGCAAAACGGGGAUGUGAUGCCGGCUUCUGGCGCCGUGGAAGAAUCUGAGGACACCGAUGAAAUUCUUAGUCAUAUCCAACAGCUGUAUAUGGGUACACCUGAUCAAGUUUUAGCAGUACGUUCUCGAGAUAAUGACGAUGUUGCACUGCUGGAUGCCGAGACAGAACCUACAAAUGAAAAUGAAAAUGAAAAUUUUCGAGGUGAAGAUAAAAUUCCAUCGGAUGUAAAAAUGUUUGGGAAAAUGAAAAGCGGCAAGCGUCGUUUUGCAAAGAGAGCACACAGGAGGGCAUUUCCGCAAGCAACAUCUUCGAGCUCUGAAAACGACAAUGACAGUAAGGACAGUCUGGAAGUAAUGAUGAAGGAAUUAAAAGUCCUCAAGAAGGAGCAUGAUGAGUCUAGUUCCAGCACCGAUCCUGCUUCGUCACUCCUGCGCCGGCAAACUGUCCGACUGAUGAAACGAAUCUGUAAGCGGUCACGGGAAAACUCAGAAACUGGAGGUACUCAUGGUAAUGAAGAUACUUCCAAUGGGGUAACCUUCCUGCCAAGUAGAAAACGAGCGAGGAGAUCGACAUCUCCUGACAUUGAGGUAGAAGAGACCGUGAAAGCACACAUCAAGAAGUUUGAAAAGGGGACCACUUACAUCCGAAGAUAUUUUCAAAAGCGUCAUCGAAUCAAGCAUUUCUGCAAAUGUAAAGACAAAAAGGAGAAAACUGAUUCUGUAUUUGAUUCAAAGACAAAUGCAUUAGCCAGUGCAGCCAGUGAUCCAGUCAACCUCGAAAACACAGAAACUGAUUUGUCUACUUUUGCAAUCCAGCAAGUAGAUGCUCGAGAUGUGACAUUGAAUUUACACUUUACAAAUUCAUCGACAGUCACAGUGGCCUACGGUAUAUGA